AUGUCGCUCGCCUCGUGCGCCGCGAGCUCGAACGGCGCGAACCGCGACGCGAAGCGCGAUCGCGAUCGAGCGCGUCCGCGUCGAUCGAACAAGGUCAAGACCAGACGCGUGUCCCAACACACCGACGUGGCGUUCGUGGAACCGACGCUUUCGAAGCCGCUUUCGAGGCCCGCGCCGUCGUGCGACGCGGCGUCGCUCCCGGGAUUGAUCGUGUACGAUUUGGACGACACGAUAUGGUUCCCCGAGCUGUACAUGAUCGCCGGCGCACCGUUCGUCAAGACGUCAAAGUCCACCGUCGUGGACAGCGGGGGCGCGCGCUUGGGCUGUUAUCCAGCGGCGCUCGCUUCCGUGGCGCUCGCGAAGUCGUGCGGUGCGUUUCGCGAGCGAGGCACGCUGAUCGCCGUCGCUUCGCGAACGCACAGGGGUAAAUGGGCGCGCGAGCUCAUGGAUGCGUUCGAAGUGCGCGACGGCGACGACGACGCUCGCACGCUCGCCGCGUGCGUCGAUUUCGUCGACAUCGCCAGCGGUUCCAAGACGAAACAUUUCGCGCGUUUACGCGAAAAAUCCGGCGUUCCCUACGCCGAAAUGUUAUUCUUCGAUAACGAGCGCGAGAACAUCGACGAGGUCGCUCGUCUCGGCGUCGCUUGCGUGCACUGUCCCGGCGGCUUGUCCGCGGACGCCUGGCGGCGCGGCUUGACUUUCUUCGUCGACGACGUCGUCGAUCCGUAG